CCUCUUCCAAACCAAGCAAUGGCCGACCGCCCACAGCCGCACCAAAUCCAAGUCCAUCCCCAGCGCCGCUACGACGACGUCGGCGCCAAGGGCCGCACAGGCCCAUCCACCUCCACAAUCCUCGCCAUCAUAACCCUGGUCCCGCUCGGGGGCUCGCUGCUCGGGCUCGCCGGGUUGACGCUAGCGGUGACGCUGGUCGGGUUGGCAGUAGCCACACCGGUGUUCGUGAUCUUCAGCCCGGUUCUGGUCCCAGCCAUCUUAACCAUAGGGCUAGCCGUCCUGGCGUUCUUGACCUCUGGGGCGUGUGGGCUCACGGCGCUGUCUUCGCUUACAUGGGCUUUCAAUUACGUUCGGCGGGCGAUGGGGUUCAUGCCGGACCAGAUUGACCAAGCGAAGCGGCGCAUGCAGGAUAUGGCUGGGUAUGUGGGGCAGAAGACGAAGGAUCUGGGGCAGGAGAUUCAAAGCAGGACGACGCCGACGGCUCAGGAACAAGGGAGGAGGACAUGAAUGAACCGAAUGGACGGAGUUAUGUUGUGGGAAUUGUAUGUGUUUUUGAGUGUUUGUUUGUUAUUUGAGUAUUCCUAGGAUUUAGUUCAGGUUUGAGCUACUUCUUGAUGAAUGCUAGCUUUGUUUUUCCAUUGUAAUGUUUGCUUCUUUGUCCA